AUGGGAGUCAUUGCAUCACUCUUGUUUUUGUGGAUUUUUGUACUUUCUGAAUUUGGGUACGAGAAGACCUCAGCACUAGCAUCAAGAGCUCAUAUUCCGACUCUAUAUGCCUGGAAUUUGGACAAGAGAAAUGAACUGUUUGAUUAUAUUGGUCCAUAUCUUCCAGACGUAACGUACUCAGAGCCAAAGGCUCAGGUAGAAAUCAACUUUGCGGAAGAUGAAGAGUCUGCCAAGACGGAAUUACGGGAGUUAUUAAUCCCCAACUACUUAUCCCUAGAGGAAAUAACAGCUUCUCCUUCAUUUAAUCUGUCAACACCAGAUGGAACUUACACAGAUUUGGUCACUCGCAAAUACUCUGGAAUCACACACGAACAGUACACUGUAAAAGAGGGAUUUACUAUAAGUUCAGUUUCAGACAAGAAUGUAAAACUUUGGAAACUUUAUGAAGGAAGUGGUGAAAAAUGCACAGCCAUUAAUCUCUACUCUAGGGGCAGUCAUAAAUUAUUCUUGGCCAUUUGGAUCCUCAAUGGAAGGCAUCUAAAUAUCAAACGCUUUGAAAAUGUGAAUGGGAAAUGGAAUAACAUAGGUUUGAAGGAAUUCAAUGAAAAGCUAAACAGGGUAAAACAAAAGGACUCGGAUCUCUCAGAUUUGGAAUCAGAUGAUGGCUAUUCCGUCAUAUCAUUUGACUCAAUGUCCCAGUGUUCAUCGCUAUUGUCUGAUGAAUUAGAGGGUGAAGGUUUUUCGUUUAUAAGCCAAGCUGUUCUUGACAUUUCCAGUCCAAACAAACACGUUAUUAACAUAGAAAAAGGUGUAAAAAACGGUGUAAUACGUUCCAAGUAUAGUAGAAAAUUUUUCAAAGAGGUUAUUUCUGUUUCAGAUAGUGGAGACCGCUUUUGGGAUAUGGAAAACGGUGACUCUUUUAAAUAUGGAUAUCUGUAUACAAAGGACGGAUACCCUCCACUGUUCCUCUUGUAUUUCAAAAAUUUGCAUCAUAAAACAAAGUAUUUUUCAAAAUCAAAAGGUAAAUGGACUCAAAUUUCAUAUAGUGAUUUUUAUAAAUAUCUGGAGAUAAUGGAAUUUGAUUUGCAUCCAGAAGAUCCAGAGCUUGUUAAUCUGACUGCGAUCAAUAUUUUCGUUCGAAAUGACAACCUAUAUCGUACAUUCUAUCACUAUUAUGAUGGGAAUAACGUCAAGUUGAUUAUUCCUGGAGAAUACUCUAGUGUUAAAAGAGUAUUCGAAGGAAGGACAAAGGUAUGUGAACUUCCAUCUAAAGAACUUUUGGAGUAUACAAAGAUUUAUCUAAACAAACACGACGAACCUAAAUUGAUACUCGUUACGAGCAGUGUUAGAAAUAUUUUCUAUCAUAGAUAUUAUGUCAAAAAUGGGAAAAAGUGGGACCACUGUAAAGACUAUCUUAAACAGUUGAACUCUUUAAAGAUUAUCGCAGACAAGCCCGCAGAAAUGGUUUUAUAUGCAGAUAAUAUUCACAAUACUUAUAACUGUACAAUUUUUGAAACUAUAACUUUUGGAAUUAACACCAGACACUUCUUCCCAAAUCUUGGAUAUUAUGCCACGGAGGUUGUCCACUCUGGAACUCCCAUCUUUAAGAUGGGUAAAGAUGAGCAUUUUAUUUACUGUAGCAUGUACAAUGCUAGAAAUAGAUGCUUAUUUACCGUAUACUUUAAGAGGAAGAAGGACUACAAAAUCAAAUGUUUUGAGAGGAUUAAUGGGCAAUGGGAAACUAUUGCCUUGGAAAUGUUUAAGGAGAUAAUAAGAGAGUCUGUUAAAGCCAGUGAUUCGUAUUAUAGUUUGGAUCAGAAAAUUGGCGUUGCCAAAUUUUGUAGAUACCCACGAUCUUAUGUUGCACUUUUACAGAAUACAACUCCAGGGGAAACUGGGCACGAAAACCCAAAAUCAGAAUUUUCAACCGCACAAAAUCUCCUUUUUUCUCCACAACAUCAACAAAUGGAGCUAGUUGGAGAAAAACAGCCGGAUGCAAAUACUCUUGAUCUUUCAAGGCCUUACACUAAUGCCAAAUUCAUUGUUUGCUAUUUUGCACUCUGCCCUUCUUAUCUUUACUUUAUAGACCAAAAUACAACUAUAACAAGGAUUGUGAUUGGUGAUAAAGAGUUGUGUAGAUCUAAAAGUGGUGAACAGUUUGUCCAAUGUUUAUUAAUCCUGAAGGAUAAUAUACCACGGGCAGCCUUAACCAUAUCCAGAUCAUUUCUUGGAGAUAGCGGUUCUUACUAUGUGCUGGAGCAAAACAAGUGGAAACAUGUGACGAGAAAAGUUGGGAAGAAGAUUGAUAUGCUCAGAGUUGUAGAUCUAAAUAUGGCACGCUUGGAUAUUUCUUCUCAGGAGGAUCUCUCCGAAAAGUGUACUGUUACAAGCAUGGAACUUGAGGGUGUGCCUACCAUACUCUACAUUCCUAAAAUCACCUUUGCUAUUAUGGCAAUUUUUGAUGGUGAGAACGAGCUUUGGAAAACAGAUGUCUCCCCGUGUUUCCUCUUGAAAUUUGUUUCCGGAAAAAGUUUUAAGUUACUAGAGGCUAGCGCAUAUGUAGAUGCCGAGGUAUUUUCAUUUUAUUGUGAGUUUGUAGAAGGUACAUGGGCAAUCAUUGGAUCGGACCAGUAUAACCAAAAAAUGAAAGAGAUAAAGGCAGAAUUUGUAAAGGGUACAGAGUCGGUAUAG